UGUAUUUAUUUCCUCGGUCUCAGAUCGGUCGGUCACUGUGCGAUUGUCAGUCGGUCGGCUCAUCGAUUACCAAUCGGCCGUCUCGUUUAGUUUCCAAUUUCCUCCUGCGUGAUCGAAGUUCAGCUACAUAAACGCUUCGUUUUUAACUUCGUCGCAUUACGUAUUUAGUUUCGCGUUUCAUGCGUAUUAAAAGUGCUUCCUCAUUCGCGUCUAGACUAUGAUAAACUGCUACGUUUCGAAGGUGUUGAUGUCGUGGCAGAGUGAACCAUUUCGCGAGUGUGUUUACCAUAAGAGAUAUGUACGUCUGGAAGAAAGAUAUUUUGCUCUUUCUUUAACUGUUCCUUUUUACGGUCACUGUGCUUAAUUGAAUGGAAUUUCUAAAUUACGUAGGAUUUCAUAUUUUAUGUCGUGUUCAGUGUAUUUAAUUGAACGAAAUUUUGGAAUCGUAUAGAAUUCGAAAUCUUUGUACGCCAAUCGGAAUAAUCGUAAAAUUGAGAUAUAGUAAAAUGGCUGAAUUAUUCUAAAAUAGAUCGAGAAUAGAUCAUAAUAACUAGAUCGCAAUCGGUUCUUUUACUUUACAAGACAGCGUAUUAUACUUAAAUCACGAGUCGUAUAAUCGUUAAAUCGUUGUGCUAUUCGGGUUACUUGAAAUACAGCUAUUUUAGUAAUCGCGCGUGUUGAAAAAUAUAUCCGGCCGAGAGGCGAAUUCGUUAAUUGCGGCUGGAGCAAAGGAGAACGAGAAAAUGGAGUACGAGGUGAACGAUGAAGAUUAUUUUACACGAGAAUUACUGGAGAAUCGAGAGAAAGAUGAGGUAGUGAAGUUGGUCAGUACAACAAGCCAUGGUACGACACCGUUAGUUAUCGCCUGCCGAAAUGGACAUUAUGACGUGGCUGAAUACCUUAUUGAAAAAUGUGGAGCGAAUGUCAAUCAACCCGGUUUAGUGAUGUUCGAUGGAGAAAUGAUCGAGCGCGCGCCACCUUUGUGGUGCGCUGCAGCUGCUGGUCACUUGGUUUUAGUUAAGUUGCUAGUGAAAAAUGGCGCCCGGGUAAAUGCCACCACUAAAACGCUUUCCACUCCUCUACGAGCAGCUUGUUUCGACGGCCACUUCGAUAUUGUUAGAUUUUUGGUGGGCCACGGUGCAGAUAUUGAGAUGGCAAACCGCCAUGGUCAUACAAGUCUGAUGAUCGCCUGUUACAAAAGUCAUCUUAAAAUCGUCAAGUUCCUACUUACCCUGAAAGCGAACGUUAACCGAAAAUCCAUAAAGGGUAACACAGCACUUCACGAUUGUGCUGAGAGCGGAUCUCUAGAAGUCGUGAAGGUACUCCUCGAGCAUGGUGCCCGAAUGGACGUGGACUCCUACGGGAUGUCACCACUCCUUACGGCAGCAGUAACAGGUCAUAAGCACAUUGUCGAAUACUUUAUCAAUAUGCCGAACUUGGUGAAUCGCAAGGAACGCAUAGACGCAUUGGAAUUACUGGGCGCUACAUAUGUGGAUAAAAAGAGAGACAUGAUGGGAGCACUUGAAUGUUGGAAACAAGCAAUGAACGAAAGAUAUCGAAGUGAUCCAGUGAUACUGAAACCAGGACCAUCACCACUUGUAGCUGCUUACGAUUUUGCACGGGAAAUUACCGAUCCUGAUGCACUGGAUGGAUUAUUAAACGAUCCGGAUGAAAUGCGAAUGCAAGCACUUGUAAUUAGAGAACGAAUAUUAGGACCAGCUCAUCCUGACACCAGUUACUAUAUUCGCUACAGAGGAGCUGUAUACGCAGAUGGUGGAAUGUUCAGUCGUUGUAUAGAACUUUGGAACUAUGCCUUAGAUAUGCAACAAAGCAUGCUGGAACCACUCGAUCCAAUGACCCAGAGUUCGCUUUUCAGUUUUACCGAACUCUUUAGUUUUAUGAUAGGUAGACAAAUAAAUACAGGACGUAGAGUACCACAGAUUCAGAGAGAAGAACUUCUUAGAGUGUUCAGAAAAGCUGUUUUGGAAGUGAAAUUAGGAAAACAAAUGUUGGACAAAGGAUCGGCUCGCGGACGUGAUAUUGCCUAUUUAAACAGAGUUCUCGUCACCACUUUACAUCUAGCAAGUUUAUUGACUCACGAAAUGCCAGAAGAAGACACUGCGGAAUAUUCUGCACUGCAUCAAGCGCUUUAUGAGUUAGUUCGAAUAAAUCCCAAAGACAAUAACAAUCGGACUGUGUUGCAUUUAGUUUUUAGCGAAAGAAAUACUAUACUCGGAGCUGGUCCUAAAUCUCCGUCAUUUAGGUUUCCUUCUCCGCAUUUAAUAAAGGCUCUUCUAAAAGUUGGCGCUGACGUCUCAGCAAAAGAUGCAACCGGAAGUACGGUAUUACACCUUGCUGCUAUGUUCCAUCCACCAAACGAUCUUGUUAAUAUUCUUCUUGAUGCUGGUGCACAUAUUGAUGCUGUUAAUAAAAUGGGUAGCACGUUCGAAUCGUUGUUGUGGAGUAACAGCGGCUAUGACACUUUAGCACGGAAUAAACACAGAUAUGAUUCGAUAUAUCCCAUGAGAUACACUAAACUCACCUGUCUAGCAGCGAGGAUAGUAAGGAGAGUAUGCGAUAUUGAGUCUGUCCCAAAACAUCUUCGAGCUUUUGUUCUAAUGCACUAGUGGUAUUAGUGCACUACGCAGUGGAAACGAUAGGCUAUUGCUUAGAAUGCUACAAGAGAUAUUUAUACGUUAUCUAAACAAUAAGAAAAAUCAACGAUAAAGUUUUAUAUCUUUUUCGAAAGUGUAAAAUUAAUAUUAAGAUACUUUUCCGAAUAAGCAAGUAUGAAACAUAGAAAAUAAUGCUAUUAUUAUACAUAUAAUGCCAUGAUGUGGCAUACGUAAAGUAUGCUGUCAGUAAUUUUUAGUUAUAGAUCUGGUUUUUAGAGAAUUAAAUAUCAGUGAGUCAGUAAUCUCUGCGACUCCAGUAUCGUUCAAUGCUAGUAAAGAAUUAAGAACAAUUCAAAUAGUUACGAAUUUCAAAUUAAUCUUAGAUUAUGUUCUUCAUUUCGUUCAAUAAAAGAAAAAUUCUUAAUAUUGAUGUUGGUCAAUAGAAAACACUUAAGAUUACUGAUUGUGUGGAUUAUGAUAGCUCACAAAUAUCGGUUAAUAUGAUUUUAUUAUCGUAUACGCUGACAGCCUUUUCCCUUAUACAUAAACCCCAUUACAAGCCAUAAUAUACAAAUUACAUUGGUAACAUUUAGUUAUAACUCAAUAUAUGUUAAAUUGAAAAGUUGUGUAAUCAUAGAAAUUACUUUCAUUCUCAUUGUUACAUAAAGAAAUAAGAACAGAAGUAAAAUUAUGUAAUAUACUUUUUUAUAUAGCAUGGAAUAUCUAAAAUAUAAAUUACUUAUACGUUUUUAUAUAUUAAAAAAUAGGGAAAAAUAAAAUUAUACGUUAAAAAUUCUACGAUAUAACAUUUUUAUUAUACAUAUAAACAUGUUUUUUGAGUUUAUUACAUAAAAGAAUUUGCCAAUUAGAAGAUUUAAGAAAUUACAUAUAUAUAUUAUGUUAAUCUAUAAUAUUUAAGCUUAUCUUUAUUUAAAAUGUGAUAAACAUAUAUAUACAUUAUAAGUAUUAUACAGAACUAAAUAUACUUAAGAAUUAUAUAUCCGAGGUGUUUUAGUAAGGUGCUUUUUUUGAAAAUAAACAAAUGCACUUGACACUAAAUAGCACAACUAUAACAAUUUUCUCACAGUAAUGCAUAUAGUGUUUAUAAUACCAUUGAGAUCUUGAUGUGACUUGAGUUUUGUACUUUUUGAACACAUUUUUGUUUCAGCGAUUAUAUUCACACACUUUAUUUUUACACAAACACUGUGAUUCUCUACAAAAAAAGUAUCUUACAUUCAAAGUCACCCAAUUUAACUGUUUUAUAAUAUGAAGACUGGAAAUACAGGUGUGAUUAAUAACA